AUGGCUUUGGCGCGAACUUUUAAACUUAACACGGGCGCAUUGAUUCCUGCCAUUGGUGUUGGAGCACCCGCGGUAGUAAAAAAUUCCACAUAUUCGCCUCACACCGUGCAAUACAAGGUGGAAAAGUUUUUAAAACUUGGACAUCGUCAUAUUGAUACCGCCAUCAUUUAUACGAAUGAUCAACCGCUGGGACGAGCAAUCAUCACUUCAAAAGUUAAACGUGAAGAGAUCUUUUUAACGCAAAAGUUAUGGAAUAAUCAACAUCAACCGGAACUGGUAAUGGAAGCUUGUAAAAAUUCAUUGGAACGUUCUAAAUUGGACUAUUAUGAUUUAUUCUUGAUGCAUUGGCCAAUAGCAUUCAAGGAUUCAAGAGAAAAAAAGAGUCCAGAAACAGAAGAGAAUAAAGAGGAAAAAAAGAGUUCGGAAACAAAAGAGAUUAAAGAGAACCUCGAUAAAACGUCGUCAAAACCCAGACAUCCGAUCGAAAUAGAUGACUCGAUUGAUUUCUUAGAUACUUAUCACGCGAUGGAAUCUUUGGUAGAGUCAGGAAAAGUUAAAGCCAUUGGUGUUGCAAAUUUUGGAAUAAAACGACUAGAAAAGUUGUUGAAAAAAGCGAAAAUUCCACCGGCUGUAAAUCAAGUGGAAUUGCAUCCCUAUUUGCCUCAAAAUGAACUCUUAAAAUUCUGUAAAUCAAAAAAUAUUCAUGUAACUGCAUAUUCACCGUUCGGUGUUGCCGGUUCAGCAUUAAGGACGGAUGAGGUCAUUAACAAAAUCGCGGUAAAACACAACAAAUCCAUACAACAAGUGCUUUCUUCAUGGGCUGCACAACGUGGCACUUCAGUCGUUGCCGCGGGAAUAAAUAAUACUUUGGCGGAACAGAUUUUUCAAGAUUUUGUGCUUCCCGAUGAAGAUUUCAAAGAGAUAAACGAGUUGAGCAAGACAAAACAAGAAAGAUAUAUCACUCGUAAAAAUUGGAACUUUGAAUGGGAUUAG